GAGAGAGAGAGAAACAAAGCGGUUGCCAUAGAGAAACCAGUUUCUCUUUCAAUCUCUCUCUCUUCUCAGUGGUGCUUUGGGUGGAGCUUUACGCAAUCCCAUUAUACCCGCCACCUAACCAUCCAAAAGAUUCUUCUUCUUCUUCUUCUUCCCUCUAUAAUUCCUCCUCCAUGUUUUGCAGUCCUUAAAAUUCUCCUUAAUUUCCUCUUCUGCUCCUGUGCUGCAAACCAGUUUCACGCCUAAACCAAAAAUAUAUUUACAUAUUUAUAUAUAUAUAUAUAUAUAUAUUUGCCUCUGUGACGUUAGCUUUCCUUCAUUGCUUCUACUAUAUUUUCUUAUUCUUUCUUUCCUUCGUUCCCGAGAGAUACAGGAAAAAGGGGGAAAAGAAGGAAAGAAGGAGAAAAUAUAAAAAAAAAUCCCUCCCAUGCCAUCCGGAUCCACGUCGUUUAUUGGAAACGAAACAGAGUGUUCUUUCUUAAGUUAGGGUUUUUUUUGGGGGGUAAUCUGUUUGGUUCGCUAGAAAAUUCGCAAAUAGAAUUUUUUUUUUUCUUUUUUGUUUUUUUGGAACAUGGGUAAUAUGGGAAGUAGCAGUAUGAUCGGCCGACGGAGACACGGAAGCCGCCGGAGCCAUCCUCCACCGCCGCCUCCAGUUCCGCCGCAGCCGGAAAUUUCGGCUAACCAAUAUGUAUUCGCGGCAGCUGCACCGUAUCCUUCACAGUAUCCGAAUCCCAACGCGCCCCAGUACUACCAAUACCCGGGUUAUUAUCCCCCACCGCCGGCCAUGCCGGUCCCUUUGCCGGCUCCAUAUGAUCACCACCACCGUGGGGCUCAUCCACACAUGGACGCUGUGACCCAUGCGAAUUGGGUCGGUGGAAGGUAUCCCUUGGGGCCGAUCAUGCCUCCGGCCGGCCCUUAUGUGGAGCAUCAGAAAGCGGUUACUAUAAGAAAUGAUGUUAACCUGAAGAAGGAGACUCUCAGGAUUGAACCAGACGAGGAAAAUCCCGGAAGCUUCCUUGUUGCGUUCACUUUUGAUGCCACGGUUCCGGGGAGCGUUACUCUUAUUUUCUUUGCCAAAGAAGGUGAAGGCUGUAACCUGACACCAAUGAAGGAAAAUCUUCUUCCACCUGUGACCGUAAAUUUCCAGCAAGGUCUGGGCCAGAAGUUCCAGCAGCCCUCUGGAACUGGAUUUGAUCUCUCGAUGUUUGAGGAGACUGACUUUCUGAAAGUGGGUGACAUGGAUGUUUAUCCUCUAGCUGUGAAGGCAGAGUCAUCCCCAGUUGUCCAGAAUGGAUCAGAGGGAAACCCAGGAACUGGAACAUUUAACUCCCAGAUAACUCAGGCAGUGUUUGAAAAGGAGAAGGGCGAAUUCCAUGUGAGGGUUGUGAAGCAGAUACUUUGGGUAAAUGGGAUAAGGUAUGAGUUGCAGGCGAUCUUUGGCAUUGGGAACUCAGUUGAGGGUGAUUUAGAUGCUAAUGAUCCAGGAAAAGAAUGUGUCAUUUGCUUAUCGGAACCACGGGACACAGCUGUUCUUCCUUGCCGGCACAUGUGCAUGUGCAGUGGGUGUGCCAAGCUCUUGCGAUUUCAGACUAACAGAUGCCCAAUUUGCCGACAACCAGUUGAGAGACUUUUGGAAAUAAAGGUCAGCAACAGCCCUUAGGAAUGAAGAGAAGGCCUUCUGUCGAUAGAAUUUUGUAUAUAGCCCUACUGUCCUACUUUGCACUGUUUCUUCUUAUUCUUUCCUUAUUUUAUGUUCUGGGUUUUUUCUUUUUUCUUUUUUUUUUCUCCUCCUUUUUUUGCUUUUUUGCAAUUUGGUCAUGUUUUUUACACUUGUUGGUUUUUCCAAUAAUUAAAAAGGAAUUAUAAAUCA